CCUGGGAGCUAUUUUGGAUUUCAAUUCUGCUCUCUUUUUCGUCUUCUUCUUCUUCUUCUUCUUCUCCUCCUCCUCUCUUCAUUCGCUUGUCCCUCCCUCUUCAUGGAUCUUUUAUCCAUCCUACCAGAGUUUGCCAUAAAAUCAUACUCCCACAUCCUCCCCCCACUCGAGAGAAGCAAUAUUAACACCGUCGACUUGAUCUCCCUCGAUACCCUCGAAAUCGCGAAACGCGCUCACGUUCCUCCGGCAGACGUCCGUCGAUUGUCCCACCAUGUCAUCAAAGCUUUACAUCACGAUGUCGGAUUCGAAGAGAGCCCUGUUGCGGAGCAAGACGAACCCAGCGAACCCAGUUCGACCCUCAAUUUCGACACCCCAUUGAUCCCCGGCCCACGGAAUAAGCUUGAUCUCUCGCAAUGGUGUGCCAUCAGCACCCUCGAUCCCGCAUUGGAUGCCUUGCUGAAUGGAGGAAUCCCGGUUGGAUAUGUGACGGAAGUAACCGGUGAGAGGUAUAUCUUGCAUACUGAUUUAAAAAAAAAAAAAAAAAAAAAAAAAAAAAAACCUGCCGAUGCUGUGGUUUGGUAUGCCUGGGAUUAGGUUGAUGGUGACUGAUGGAUCGCUCGUAGCGGGAGUGGCAAGACGCAGUUCCUCCUCAGCUUGCUUUUGGCCGUGCAGCUUCCGGCACCCCGCGGCGCGGGAAAGAGCGCCGUAUAUAUU